AUGGAGUUAAAAUCAACAGAGAAACAAAACGUCACUGUUGUCAGACUUGCGAAGCACGUCAUCGCCACCGUUGCCAAUGGCUCCAACAUUGUCUUUUCACCGACAUCAAUCAACGCUUUGCUCAGCCUCAUCGCGGUGGGUUCCAGUCAUGUCUCCAAAGAAAAUAUUCUUUCAUUCCUCAUGUUACCGUCGACGGAUCACCUCAAUGCAGUGUGGCCCAGAUGGCAGAUCGCAGCGAGACUAGUGAUGUGCGCGGCCUAUAGUGUCUGGAUAGACAAAAUGACAAAUCUAUCUCCUUCAAACCUUCUUUUAAAGAGCUUUUUGGAGAACUUCUACAGUUGUAUAUAUAGUCAAGUUGACUUCAAUGCUAAGCUUGAGAAAGUAGUCACCGAACCAUGUUUUCUCGAUAUUCAUAUUCCGCUCGACCGUUUAACUUCUCUUUCGAGUUUAAAGUCUCAGAUGCUUUAA